AUGAUGAUUGAGCUGCAGGGCACCGAGGACGGUGGCGGCGGUGGAGGAGUCGGAGUCGGCCACCUGGAGGUCCUGAGCGCCGAGGAGCUGGAGUGUAAGAUCUGCUACUGUGCGUAUAAUCUCGGGGGUCGGAGGCCAAAGGUGCUCGAGUGCUGCCACCGCCUGUGCGCCAAAUGCCUCACUAAGAUCUUGGAUCUGGGCGAGUCACCGCCCAACGCCAUCGUGUGCCCCUUCUGCCGAUAUAUUACCCGACUCCCAGGUGAGGCGGCGAGCAGCCUGCCGGACGAUGGCAACCUGGUUGCGGCGCUCGCCCUGCGCAGCAGGAACCAGAGGAACAUCCAGGAGACGACCACAGAGCUGCUCCUCAGCCCCGGGCGCCUGAGCUCACUCUUUGGAAACAACCCUCCCGUGACGACUCCUUCCUCCUCCUCCUCUUCCUCCUCCGCGUCGUCCUCGACCACCUACUCCUCCAUCCGGGGCUCGCCCAACUUUGUCGUCAUCACCAUCAUGGAGCCUCCGCCGAUGCCUGCGGCCAUGCAAGACCUCCACCGACACCGACACCCACACGGGUCGCUCACAUCACACCGGGGCUACCGCUCAUCCAGUGUGGACUCCAUGGCGUCCAUCACGCAGCGGUGGACCGUGUGGAACUGUGCCGCCCUCCUGUGCCAGACCUCGGCCCGGGCUCUGGUGUGGGUCCUGGGUCUGCUGUACUUCAGCUCGCUGCCCAUGGGAGUCUACCUGCUCAUCAUGCAGAGGACGACCCUCGGGGUGCUGCUGGUGAGUCUGGUUCCCGCCAGCCUCGUCAUGAUCAUGGUCUACGGAUUCUGCCAGUGUAUCUGUCACGAGCUGUGGGACUGCAUGCCUCCAUAA